CCGGGACCCGCACCGGGACCGGGACCCGCACCGGGACCCGCACUGGGAUCCACACUGGGAUCCGCACCGGGACCGGGACCCGCACCGGGACCCGCACCGGGAUCCACACUGGGAUCCGCACCGGGACCGGGACACGCACUGGGACCCGCACCCGGACUGGGACCCGCACCGGGACCGGGACACACACCCUCACAGGGACCCGCACCGGGAUCCGCACCGGGAUGCGCACUGGGACCGAGACACGCACUGGGACCCGCACCCACACUGAGACCCACACCGGCUCUGGGACUCGCACCCACACCGGGACCCAUACCAGGACCGGGACUGGGACCCACACCCGCACAGGCACCCACACCGGCACCCGCACCAGGGCCAGGACCCUCACAGGGACCCACACCCACACUGGGACCCUCACCGGGACCUGCACUGGGACCCACACCCACACUGGGACCCUCACUGGGACUGGGACCCGCACAGGGACCCACACCAGGACUGGGACCCGCACCCACACCGAGACCCACACCGGGUCUGGGACUCGCACCCACACCAGGACCCACACCGGGACCCAUACCCGCACGGGGACCCACACCAGCACCCGCACCAGGGCCAGGACCCUCACAGGGACCCACACCAGGCCCUGGACCGGGACUGGGACCCACAGCGGGACCCGCAAUGGGACCAGGACCCACAGAGGGACCCGCACCCACACUGGGACCCUCACCGGGACCUGCACUGGGACCUGCACCCACACUGGGACCCUCACUGGGACUGGGACCCACACAGGGACCCACACCCACACCGGCACUGCCCCAGCCCGGCCCCGACACUGGGACCCACACCCGCACCACACCGAGCCGUGCUGCCCACCCGCAGCCCAGGUCCCAUGUCAGCCCCCCAGUUCCUGCAUGGGCUGGGGGGACCUGCUCAGCGGGUGCUCGCACGGGCACAAAAUAGUACUGACAUAAUACUGAGAUAACACUAAACUACUAAUAAAUAGUAAGGCGGCAACAACAACUAAUAAUAAAAUGCUCAAAUAACAAAAUAAUCAUAUAUAACAAAAUACGGCAUAAUACAACGUAACGUAAUGCAAUACAACAUAAGAUAAUUAAGCAUAAAAAAACAUAGUGUAACAAUGUAGCAUAAUAUAAUGUAGCAUAAUAAAUAC